CGUUAUCUAAAGUGGAUGGGAAGAAAGCACAGCGACCAUCCCACCCGCUAUUGUUCAGCUGCAGCGAAGAUGACCGCCUUGAAGCAUCCGGUCUAUCCAAGAAGCUGUAACAAGACCUCAAGAAUCAUUAAUGCGGCCGCCACCUUCUGUUGCUCGAUGCAGCCCUCCACCAACAACAUAAAGGUGGUGAUCAAUGGUGCGACAAAGGAGAUUGGGAAAGCUGCCAUCGUCGCCGUGACGAAAGCCAGAGGAAUGGAGAUUGCCGGUGCCGUGGAUACCAAUUUAGUAGGACACGAUGCAGGAAAGUUAUGUGGCAUGGAAGAGCCUUUGGAGAUUCCAAUUCUUAAUGAUCUGACCAUGAUUUCAGGGUCCAUUGCCCAGACCAAGGCAAAUGGAGUCGUUGUCGAUUUCACACACCCUGGAAGCGUCUACGACAAUGUCAAACAGGCAGCAGCCUUCGGCUUGAGGAGCGUUGUAUACGUCCCAAAUAUAGAAUUAGAGACGGUAACUGCACUCUCUGUAUUCUGCGACAAGGCUAGCAUGGGUUGUCUUGUUGCUCCAACACUGUCCAUCGGCUCUCUUCUCCUCCAGCAAGCAGCACUCCAAGCUUCCUUCCACUACAACAAUGUAGAGAUUGUUGAAUCGAGACCUGAUCCAUCCGAUCUACCAUCAACAGAAGCAGUCCAAAUUGCUAAUAAUCUCACAGAUCUUGGCCAAAGAUACAAUCGGGAAGACAUCUCAACAGACAAUCCAGCAAGGGGUCAGGUUCUGGGUGAAGAUGGAGUGCGUGUCCACAGCAUGGUUUUACCGGGUCUAACUUCUACCACAACAGUACACUUCUCGGGUCCUGGGGAGGUUUACUCUGUGAGACAUGAUAUCACAAAUGUUCAGUGUCUUAUGCCAGGCCUCAUCUUGGCCAUCAGAAAGGUGGUUCGCUUGAAGAACUUGAUCUAUGGCCUGGAGAAGUUCUUGUAGCAAUUGAAUUUUUCGCUAAACAUAAAGAGAGCUGAUGUGUGUAGAAGAUAAAUUGCUUAGACUGUUAAAAGAGCUUCAGUAUAAGCAUCCAAGCAUCGAAGCAGUGAUCACUUGGCACCAAACAUCGGAAUAUGAAUAAAGUCGUCAACUCCUUGCAAAUUCAAAACGACAAAAGCAUGAUGUCAAGUGCUUCAUUCAGAUACAGUUUUCAAAGUGCAAAGACAUAAUAAGUGCAGCACACAACUCUGGUGUAGUAACUCUUAGGAAAACAUCAAUCUGAGGUCAACUCUGAUGUACUCCAAAUAAUCUUAAUACAAAUUUAUAGAUGAUCAUCAAUAAUCAAUAAUAAACGCAAUAGAAAACAUCUGGUUAUUUAUCCCAGAUGGGAUUCCUACACAA